GCUAGCUUUAACUAGAAAUUAGCGUUAGUGGCUGCGAUUUCAGGCAACAGUUUUCGACCCCCGCUUGUAUAAGAUGAACAACAUCACUACGUCGAAUGUACACAAUUGAGCUACAAGCAACAGCCUCGGAAAACAAGUCCAAAAACAUGGAGCCAUCCCAAUCGCCCUCAGGGCCUCAAUCAACUAGCGCCAAUCUAAUGACCCUGCCAUCGGAACUCCACAUCCAAAUAAGCACCUACCUUUCCUACCCAGACGCCCUAGCCCUAAAACAUAGCAGCCGUCACUUCUACUCAAUAGUCUUCACAGGCGUGCGUCUGAAAGUUGACUGGCUCAUCGAGCGGUUUGAGCAUAAACUCGAAUGCCCCAUGGAGAAGUGCUCGUUCAGUACGGACGAGUCUUUUUGCAAUGGGCGCGUGCGCGGCAUUAUGGAGCGCCGUCGGUGGCAUCUUGAGUGUCGCCGGGUUAGGAAUGGUUGUCUGCUUGUCAAUGGCCAGACUUGCAGAUCGGAUUUGGUGCCUGCUUGGUUCAAAAUGAGGGCACGGGGAAAAAGAAGAGUUGUCAAGGUGGUGGAGAGCUGGGGACUUGAAGCCUUUGUAAUUGGCAUUAUGGCUGUUCUGCUGAACUUGCUGUGGCAUUUUGCCCAGAGGUGA